AUGACGUCUCGAAUCCUCUCCGCCGCGCUCGCCGCCUCGAGUCUCGCCCACGCUGGGAUAACAAACCCUCCUCUGGAAAAAGGCUUCGGACCUAGUCAGGAUGUUGCAAAAAGCCGCGGUCCUCAGAUUUUCAAUGCCGUUAACAACGCCAUGAGACAAUGGGGCUCGUCUAUUCACCACAACGGCAUGUCCUUUUAUCUUGCCACGGUUCCGGAGGGCGUCAUUUUCCAUCAUGGCAACGAUAACGAAACGUCACCACAGGGUCCAGAGUGGCUUGCCUAUGAGAUCGAACAUGCUGAGGGCUUUGCAAGUGGGAGACAUGGUCCUCCAGGAAGGGGCCCUCCAGGGAAGGGCCCUCCAGAUGAUGGCCGUCCACCUCGUCCUGAUGGACACCGUUCGAUCGAGGGACCAUUAUCAGUGAAGCUGAAGAUACAAGAUGGCUUCAAAACUAUGGUUGUGAGGGAAGAAAACAAUCCGCAAAAGGUCAUAAUCGAUGAGAUCUCUUCUGAAUCGCCACAACCCAUCGACGACACGCAACAGCAGGGUGGAUGGCUUCAUACCUAUCGCACAACUCGACCGUUACGAUACCUAUACGUUGAUGGGAUGAGCGGUGGUAAAACCUCUAUGGGAACUUUGGAUACCCAGGACUAUCUUCUCCGGAAUGACAAGACCACAUUAUACACAAUGGACGAGCCACCGCAUGUGGGAGAAAGAGCUGGUGGUCCGAUGGACGAGAGGAGGCGGGCUUCCGAGCUCUGUGAUAUGUGCUACUACUGGAAUAUCUCUGGUAUCAUACGCAUGGAAGCUGGUUUCGAGGUCAUACACUGUGACUUUCAAGACGGGCUCGACCAGAUCCAAGCCCUACAGCGACCGCAUCCACAGGACGGCCAGUACGGGAGGGCUGGUUCUGUCGCCAAGUUCGAGUUCAUCCGCGCCCUUUCCGAGCGCUACAAUGGCAUCGGAUCAUCCAGGACAACUAUCGACUUCUCUUCCAUGGUAUCGGCGUUCUUCUAUCCCAUCAACCUGACAAACCCGGAUCCAAAGCGACCUGAUUUGCCACGACUUGCUGAUGCCACGGAGGCAGAGCUUGCCUCAAUCAAAGCUGACUUGAAUCUAGUCAUCUCAGAGAGACAAGAUGGCCACAAUCACGCUGUAAACUGGCAAGCCGUUACAGACCUCAUUGUAGCCCGAUAUGCGGAUAGGCUCAAGUACAUGGUCGAGAAGGCCCACACGGCGAGCCACCUACUCGAUGAGAUUGAACACUUGCUUACGGUCUAUAUCGACCACUCGGGUAAAGAUUCUGACCCAAUUCCGCCUGCCAUCAUCCGCUGCACCGAGUUCUACCUUCAUGGCAUCUCUCCUCAGACCGCAGCCGACAACUUGAUACAUACCGCAAUCAAGAGUGUCGCGUCAGAAAUUUGCACUAGACUGUUCGAGGCGAGAGACGUUCUCGUCAACAGAUCUACUACUGGCCACGGGAUGGAGCAGCUUGCACUCAAUGAUGCCAUGGAAACCAUUAGUUUGCUGGUUGAGCACCUGAGUUGGGCUCGCUUCAAGCGCUGUUCGCAGUGUGACGUUGAUCAGGUGUGCGUGAUCCCGAUGUGGCCUUUUGGCACUAAGGAGGACUAUGAAUCUCCUCGAUGUGCCAACUCGUCGAGCAUACUAGGUGAUGGAGACAAUUAUUGGGGGGGUUUCGGCCGACCCGGUGGACCUCGCGGACCUCCUGGUGGUGGGAAAGGUGGGAGGGGUCCUCCGCCCCCGUGA